CUUUGUUCUGCGGGUCGUGGUUUGCAUCGGGCUCAUAUUGGAUGGGUAUCGGUGACCUGUCGAGUCUGAUUUCCUGAUCUCACAUUCACUAAAGACUCGACGACUCUCGACUAUUUACAUACGAGAUAAUCUAAACAUGAAGGCUCUCCGACGCUCCCUGAAAGGGGAGAAGGAUUCCAAACCCCACCACCACCACCAGCACCACCACCAGCAGCACCACCAUCUGUCCAUUACGCCCAAGUCCGCCGUUGCCAUUCUGCCUCCAAAGAAGGUCAUCAAGGCUCUCUACGAUUAUCAACCCGAACCAGGGAACACCCAGGAAUUGGCAUUUAGCAAGGGCGAUUUCUUCCACGUUAUCAGCAGGGAAGACGACUCGGACUGGUACGAAGCGUGCAAUCCCCUUAUCCCUACCGCCAGGGGGCUGGUUCCCGUGACCUUUUUCGAAGUUAUCGGCAAAACCCAGCGAGACAGCAGCGGAUCCAUCGACCUGGGCAAGAAAAAGGAACCGCACGACUCUGGCUUCGCUGAUCGCGCUACUUCUUCAGGUUCUGAAUUUGGUUCAGGCUCCUCUAAGUCUUAUCAGUCGCACCCCGCAUUCCCCCGAACUUCCAUGAUGGGCAAAGCCGGCGGAGGCGCCAUGGUGUAUGGGGUCGUUCAGUACGAUUUCCAGGCUGAACGGCCCGAUGAGUUAGACGCCAAAGCAGGCGAGGCCAUCAUCGUCAUCGCCCAAUCGAACCCUGAAUGGUUCGUCGCAAAACCCAUCGGUCGCCUUGGGGGUCCCGGCCUGAUUCCCGUUUCGUUUAUCGAGCUUCGUGACAUGCAGAGUGGGCAGGCUGUUGCAGACCCGCUCGAGGCUGUCAGGCGCGCUGGUGUUCCAAAAGUGGAGGAGUGGAAAAAGAUGACUGCCGAAUAUAAAAACAGCAGCAUCAGUCUAGGUAAAAUCGAGACGACUGGCUCCAUGCAAUCCGUCACUUCGGGUAUGGAGAGGAUGUCAGUGCGACAGAGCGCGGACCAUGUGAGCCACAUGAGUCAAAACGGCCAUGCUAAUGCGUACCAUAACCGAAACGCGAGCAAGGCGUCUAUUGCCCCGUCUACCCAUCAGCAACCGCCGCCCCACAGUCAGCAACCCUUAGUCGCACCCAUUGCUGCCUCGAUCCCUCGGUACUGCUUCGACAAUGAUAAGUACUGGUACAUCAUUGAAGUUAAGAUGGAGGACGGUCGCUGCUGGGAGCUGUCGCGAUACUACCACGACUUUUAUGAUUUCCAGAUUGCUCUGUUGACCCAGUUUGAGGAGGAGGCAGGCAAUCGGGGCAAACCCCGAACCCUACCAUUCAUGCCCGGUCCUGUCGCUCACGUUACCGAUGCCAUUUCUGACGGCCGCCGGCAUAAUUUGGAUGAAUAUAUCAAGAAGCUCUUGGCUAUGCCUCCACACAUCACCCGAUGCGCUCUCGUCCGUCAGCUCUUCGCGCCUCGUCCAGGCGACUUCGAGAUUGACCCGAGUGCUUUUGGAGAAGAUGCCCGGUUCUCAGGCGGCUCGCAGCACUCGUCUGGCCAUGAGCUUUCUCCCAGCGCCUCAAGGCAAUCGUCGCAACAACAGAAUGGGCCUUCGGAACGAAGCUCUCACUCUCACUCCCAUUCACACUCCCACUCGCACCAGCGAUCUCAGACUUCCAGCUCUAUUCCCAACGGAAAGCCCCCCAUGGUCCGACAGCAAAGUUCUCUUACUCAAGUCUCAACCUCAAGUGGUGGUGCUUUGAAAGUCAAGGUCAAUUUCCAAGACGAUCUCAUUGCUAUCCGCGUCCCGAGCGAUAUCAAUGUCCAGCAGCUAAAAGAAAAGCUUAUGGACCGGUUGAAGAUCAAUGACGAGAUCGUGGUGCAAUACAAGGAUGAGGCGUCGGGCGCCUACGUCGACCUUAUCAGCGACAGCGAUCUCGAUACCGCUAUCCAGCGGAAUUCCAAACUUACCCUCUACGUUGGACUCGCAUAG